AUGGCGCGGGUAAAGCCGGCCCUGACGCUCGACGUCAACGUGGGUCCCACCAGCAACAUCGGCAUCGGCGGAUCCAGCACCAGCACCACACCUCGCGCGCGCCAGGCCGCCAUCGCCUCGAAGGCCCAGACGCAGAUCCGAGCCUCUGCUCAAGCUCCUCCUGCCGCUGCCGCUCCCGGCGGAUCCGCCGACAGCGCCUACACCGUCGAAUCACAUCUCGAUAGCGACCUCGGCACUGGCGAUCAGGACUAUGGAGGCUUUAGCAGUGACGACGACGGCCAGGACGCCUACGCCGCUGCGACUCGACGGCUGAGGGCUGGCAGCGGCAGUGCCGGAGCAAGGGCUACGCGGGACAACAGCCACGGCGGCAAGCGCCCGCGCCAGUCGCAGCAAGGCGGGCAGCAGCAGCAGCAGCGCUCGAAGCCGUCGGACCGCUAUGCCGAGCGGGACUCGGACUCCUCCGACGAUGCGGGCGAGUACGGUAUGCGACAGAGGAGCUCUUCCGAGGGGCUCCAAGACGAACUCAUGUACGACGACGACAAGGACGACGAAGACGAUCACGACCUCGACGACGACGAGGACGACGUCGACGUCGAGCUGUCGUCGAGCCCCUCGAUCGACGAAAACAUCGACUUUGACCUCGUAUACGCGCUGCACAACUUUGUCGCCCAUAUCGAGGGUCAGGCUACAGUGCACAAGGGCAACCACCUCACGCUGCUCGACGACAGCAACAGCUAUUGGUGGCUGGUGCGCGUGCUGCGCACGCAAGAGGUCGGCUACAUUCCUGCCGAGAACAUCGAGACCCCCUUUGAGCGCCUGGCCAGGCUCAACAAGCACAGGAACGUCGACCUCACCAGUGCCACAGAGGACGAUCACAUCCAGGUGCCAGAAAAGAUCUGGAAGAGCCACCUCCUCAAGGCCCGGCACGCCACCGGAACCAGCGGGCUCUCGGUCCACUCGGGCAAGCUCAGCGCCCUGUCGAGGCGGGCCUUGGGGGCGCCAGCGCCACUGACAAAGGAGCAGAAGCGCAACAAGAGGGGCGUCGUCUUUGGGCCGUCGACCCACUACGAGCACAGCGGCAACGAAUACUCGUCCGAAGAGGGCGAGUACGACGAGGACGACAUCAUCGAGCUUGACGAGAACGGCGAUCCGAUCUACGAGUACGAGGACGAGGAGAUGAGCACCGACGGAGAGGCCGAGGCAGACGCCUUUGCCGGCAUGGAGCCCGACGAUGGCAUGGGCUGGGACGGAGGCGAGGCCGAGAGGAUUCAGCGGCAGCAGGAGGUCCAGAAUGCGGCUCAGGAUGGCGAGGACCGCAGCGUGACGGCGGCUGAAGACGGCUCGUACCGCCAGCAGUCGCAGCAGCCCGAACAGACGAGGUCCACCCACCAGGACAACGUCGCCGACGAGCAUGGUCGCUCGCAACAGGGCACGUCCCAGCAGCGCGCCGGACCGGCAGCUGGCUCGCAAUCCCAAAGAGGCACCGGAAGCAGUCAGCCCGCACCCCGCGGCGGGGAAAGCGAUCCAGCUGCGGCCAGACAACAGCAGUGGCAAGAAUCGGCGCAGCAGCAGCAGCAGCAGCAGCAGCAAGAGCGACAACAGCAGCAGCUGGCUCAGCAGCAGCAGCAACAGCAGCAGCAGCAGCAAUAUCAGCAGCAGCAGUAUCAACAGCAGCAUCAACAAAAAGGACUCGCGCCGAUGCAGCCAGAGCCAGGCCAUGCUCGAUCGACAUCGGGCGAUCGCUCCAUCUCCAGCGUCAGCUCGGCAGGGAUGCCUUACGAUCAGGCCGCUGGACCCAGCGGGAGCCGGCUCAGCACUCACAGCUCCAACGGCUUCCUGCCAUCGCAGGUGCAGGCGCAUCGUGACCGCUCCGCCUCGGACGCCAGCGCCGUUUCCAACACGCUCUCCUACGAUCGCCCGGCGUCUGUUACGUCGCCAGACGCCAAGCGCGAUGACAAGCGAAAGAGCAACCGACGAUCCAAGGCUGGAGAUGAUCUCUCCGAGGCCGGCAGCGACGACAAGUCGGCAAAGAAGAGAUCCGGCGUAUUCAGUCUCUUCUCGCGGUCGAAAGACAAGAAGGACCGUAAGAGCGGUAGCUUUGGGGGCGAGGAUCGCGACAGCAUCAUCACCGGACGCAGCUCGGACGACAGCUUCGCUGGCCCGGGUCGUGGCCGCGCCAGUCCCGCUGCCGCCCCGACACCGCAAGGCUAUGGUGCGGCUCCUGCCAACAAUGCAAGCUUCGCACCAGGUCAGAGCGUCGGGAUGGGUCGGGCGGUACAGGAGAGGGACCGUGCGCAGCAGGAGGCGUACCAGCGCCAGUUCCUCUCGAUGCGGCCGUCCAACGAUUCCGAGAACGUCCGAGCCAGCCGAGACGCCCUCCACGCUGCAGGCUCGCGAACAGGUAAACCGGCUAGGCCAGGCAGCCUCAUCGGUCCUUCCGGCUCGACGCCGAUGCUCAGCGUGAUGCGGGUCUUUGCCGGCCAGGGCAUCGAGUCCGAGUCGACGUUCAAGACGGUGCUGCUCAACGAGGGCACCCCUUCUUCACAUCUGCUGACGCAGGCGCUGCAGCGGUUUGCCGUGCCCGAGCACGAGAGGGACAAAUACGUGCUGACGAUCAAGAGGCUCGAGGGAAGCGAGCGGCCCUUGGACGAGAGCGAAUUCCCGCUGCGUCUCUUCAACGAGCUGACGGAGAUCAUGUCCGACGGUCGCGUCACGGUGCCCAGCGUCAAGCGCUCCAGCGUCGGGUCAAUCUCGUCGAUCUCGUCCAACCUCAGCACGCAUCCUGCGAUUGCCAGGCUCGGCAACGACUUCAGCGACGAUCACGCAGUCAAGUUCUACAUCAGCCGCAAGGAUCGCCUUCCAGACUAUGCCAGCCAGCCGCCCUCGAUCAAUGGCGAUCACGAGGGAUCUGUCGAUCGCAACGAUCAUAGCGAGUCGCGCGACUCGAACCACUCGGCCAGUCUUGGCCCGGCUCGACACGGUCAGCGGGGCAGCCACACCUCGAGCCUCUCUGCCGACACGGUCGAGACGAUCCAGUCGCCGACGGCGCAAUUCUCGCUCAGGCUCGUCGUCUUCCCCGCCGACCUGCCCGACGGCCUCGUGUUUGACCCGCAAACGACUGCGCUCGUUCCGCGACACGCGCUCGAGCAGCGAGCGCCGCAAUACCGCGAACCCGCCGAGGGCGUCCCACAGGAUUUCCGCGAAAAGAUCCUCACGUUCCCGCGCAACACGACCGUCGCCGAGGUGGUCGAAUCCGGGCUGGACCGAUUCGGUAUCGCCGAAGGCGUCGUCGAGGGAGGCGACGAUGUUGAAGACCGACCUUCGCGCCGCAAGAGCCGGCUCCACGUCAAGUACGGCCUUGCGGUCGAGGACGCCAACGGACAGAGACCGCUCGGCCCCACGAGCAAGAUUCUCGACGCCUACAGCCAGCCGCCUGCUUUCAAGACGGUCUCGGGCGGCAACAACAACAAGCGCAAGAGCCUCGACGCCUCUCAGCUGUUGGGCGCCUCGGACGACAUCCAGUCGACGGAUCCCAUCUUCAUCCUGCGUCAGGUGCAGCCGAGCGACAAGUGGAAGGGCGCCCGGUCGCUGAGUCCUACCGAGAACGUGCUGCUCGCCAAGCAGGAGGAGCGGCGCAAGAUGGAAAGCCAGAGCUUCGCGGCAGCGGCUGGCACCCUCCGUGCCAACGGAGCGGCGAGCUCCAGCUCCGACCAUCCCGCUCUCGGCGCAGCAGAGACCAAGGGCAUGAGCCGGCAGGAGAUCAUCGCGGCACAGCGAGCGGCGGCGCACGAGAGGAGGGCCGCCGUGCUUGGCGCACAGCGGAAUGCCGAGCAGGGCGUCGACGUCGUCUUGGCGGACCAAGGGAGGAUCCGAAGCUCGAAGCAGAGAGACACGGGCAAGUUCCGCUACUCGUACUUGCCGGCCGAGGGCGAAGAACGGGACAUCAGCCACAUCAUCGAGGACGUCUUGAAAGACCAGAGGCUGUCGGACUCGACCGAAGCCGCACGCUCUCUCAGCCCCGGGACGGCGACCAGACCGGCGCUCAGCAAGAAGAGCACCGACUUGACGCUCGACGAGUAUGCGAGCGCACCAAGCUCGCCCGGCAUCACCAGCCCGUUGAGCCUGGAAGACGUUCACUACGACCUCCAGUCGCCCCCUACGCAGCCGAUGGAGUCUGUGGCGCCGCUGUCGAUCGGUGGCAACAAGGCUCGUGCCUCGACAAAGGCCUCGACGCCGAACCUCGGUCCGUCGGGCACGGCAUCCGGCUCAGCCUCGCCUGGCGGCGACCUGCUCGAGACGCUCGUGCGCAACCCACACACGGCAGACUCGGCCAUCGAGGAGCGAAUCGAUCAGGUGCUCAACCGCGUCGCCGACGUUCGGCCACCGUCAAACUCGCGCUCGCCUGCGCCCGACUCGGUCUCCUCGGGCACGGCGCGGGCUGGUAGUCGGACGGCCGGACCGUCGCCCGUGCCCAUCGGCGGAUCUCAUCCAAGCGGCCGUGGCACGCCGACCACCGUAUCUGGACCAGCAGUGUCCGGCAGCAGGGCUGCGCCGAGCCACCGGAAGCAGACGUCGAUUGGCUCAGAGAUGUCCAACUCGCGCGACACUGCCAGCCCGCUGACGAUCGGCACCGGAUCGGCUGCCACGCACAACACCAACACAACGAUGCCGACCCCCAUGUCGACCUUGGUCGCCGGUGGCGCCAACGGCGCAGCCUUUGCGGCGGGAUCGUCGACGGGCACGGGCUCGCGAUCCGGUCGGUCCGUCGGGGCCGUGACGCCGGGUUCCUCGGGGGCCGAUGGGCGGCCGUCGUCCCUGGCGUUUGCCUCCUCCGCCGACGACAUUGGGCUCGACCACCUGUACACGAUUGUCGAUGCGGCAGCGCGGCGGGAUCCGCGCCGGCUGCACCUCCUCACCCACGGCAGCACCAGCAGCAUCUCGGGCGACAUCAACGGGCGGCCGAGCACGCGUCUGGCGCACCGGCUCCUCGCCGACACCGAGCACGAGUCGCUGCGCCCCGAGGCGGGCGGCCUGUUUGCGCCACAGAUGCCGUUUGUCGAGCACCAGAAGACGCGCGAGGCGUACGGCAGCAUCUCGACGCAGCUCGGCACGAUUGACGAGACGCUCGACCAGAUCCUACUGGACGUGAUGCGCGUCUUCUGA